CUUCUAUAACAUAUCUUUGCUGCGAAGCAAGCUUAUUGUACAGUUUGUUCUCGCUGCUGAGCUUUUCCUUCCGCGGUGGUGUCGCAGCAUCAGGUUUUCGCUCAGGUAGCAACAACAGCCAGAUGUUACAGAUGCUGUGGGUUGGAACAAAAUAAAUACAAAUGAGGCUUUGAGUCGCCCGGGGCAGUUAAAACACACUGACACGGUGCAAGCAGCUCCCAUUACACCGCGUCCGAAGGCAUGUCACGUAUGACCAGCGCGACUAGCCAGCUAAAGUUAGGCUAGCGGCCGGCCGUUAGCUCAAGUGCGAGUGACUGAAUAAGUAGCUAAAGUUGAGCCGACAAUAAAAGAGAAAAAAAAGAAGAAAAAUCACGAAAAGACAAACAACAACGCGGCCACGUGCUGCAAACAACAAGGUUUAACCGCCGCGGCAUUUCGAAAACGUUGGACUCCCAUGCUGGACUUCAUUCCGUGGCUCCCGUCGUCGUUCGGAGGAGGAGGAGGAGGAGGAGGAGAAGAAGAAGAGGGUUAACGUCACGUCAGUGACGGCAACGGCGGCUUUCGUCGAGAGUCAAAGCAGGAUGGUGUCACUGUUCGGCACCGCGCGCCUACUCGGAAGGGGGAAGACUUCUCUCCGUGACCUUUUGAAGCGGAUUUGCACCAACAUGUCGUCCUCCACUCCCUCGGGUAAGCGGCUGCGGGUUCUGGUGGACAUGGAUGGAGUGCUGGCGGACUUCGAGGGGGGGUUCCUGAAGAAGUACCGGGCCCGGUACCCGGACGACCCCCACAUUGCCCUGGACGACCGGAGAGGGUUUUGGGUGUCCUCGCAGUACGGGCAGCUGAGGAGUGACCUGUGUGAGAAAGCCAUCAGUAUCUGGGAGUCCAAGAACUUCUUCGUAGAACUCGAGCCGCUGCCAGGAGGAGUUGAGGCGGUCAAGGAGAUGGCCAAGAUGGACGACACAGAUGUCUUUAUUUGCACCAGCCCCAUAAAACAUUACAGACACUGCCCAUAUGAGAAGUAUGCCUGGGUAGAGAGGCAUUUGGGUCAUGACUUUCUGGAGCAGGUCAUCCUGACCAGAGACAAGACGGUGAUCACCGGAGACAUCCUCAUAGACGACAAGCCUGACAUUCUAGGCGUGGAGCCCAAACCAACGUGGGAGCACGUCCUGUUCACCGCCUGCCACAACAAGCACCUUUCCGUCGGGCCCUCCCAGAGACGGCUCCUGUCUUGGGAGGACGACUGGAGGGCCGUCCUGGACACAAAACGGCAGUAAGGGAACUCUCCCCCUUCGCCCCAUUCGCGGUCAGCGGGAGAUCAUCACCACAAACGCUGACUUGCAGAGGCAACGCCAGAGUUUACUUCUGAAAAAGGGGGGAGGGGGAAUGCCAAUGAUCAGCCAAAUGAACAAUAACUUACAGGUUGGACAUCGUGCACACUUGUUGCUCUCUGUUUGGGAGAUGGCAUUCACAUGUUUGACCACAAGGGGGCACCCCGAGACUGAGUGUGAAGUGAAUCUGAAUUUCACUGAAGAAAACUGACAACAAAACAUUUUGACAAGUCAAAACAGAAACAUGGCUCACGGUGGCUUGGAGCUGCCCUGUAUCAUUUGACUGGGGGGGGCGGGCACCGGCAAGUAUGUGCAAUACACAAACAUGCUGUAAGAAAGUCACCUGGACUUCCAAACACUCUAAUGUUCUGUUAUUUUGGGAGAGUGGCUCAACUGAGCUGCGCUGUCAUGUAUGCAAAUAUGUAGGGACAGAGAUGUACAAAGAUGAACAAUGAAUAUGGUGCUUCUUUUUUUUUUUUUUUUCACAAUAACCUGUGCAUCUUAACUGAUACUGAAAAAUCAAAACUGCACACAUACAUAUGCAUGUUGCCAAAACCCAUCACUUGCGUUUGGAUACAUUCACCGGAGAAAUGUGUGCUGAAUAUGUUUAAGAUAUUAAAAGGAGGAAAAUAUAUUG